ACAACAACAGUUUUCGUUUGCCGGCUGUUUGCAACGAACGCAUUCCUAAUAAGCGGUUGCCGCAUCACUUUCACACUUGUCCGCGCUCACCUUUUUUGAUUGUUUCGCGUUUGUCGUGUGGGCGCGCGCCGCCGAGCAAUAAAAAUAAUAAAUAAAUAAAAUAGGGAAUAUUGUGAUUAGGAGACGUUUAAGGAGUGUGUUGCGUGGGGCUUGCUGCGUGCUGCGUGGUGUGUGGCCAAACAAUUAAUACAAAUAUUAAUUAAUUGAUGUGAGGAGAUGGCCGUCGAAAUCACAAACACAAUAUUAUCGCUACAGCCGGCCGUUGAGGCUGAACCGUUGGCGCCGCAAUCGUUCCACUGGCAGCUCGAGGAUUACGCAUACUUUCACAAGUGCGGAGAGAUAACCACAUCGCCGGACGUACAAUGUUUCGGUUUCAAUUGCGCCUUCUGCCCGGCCAUUUGUCUACAAUUUUCGGUUUUCAUAGAUCACAUACGCGGCCAUCACAUGCAGGAACUGCGCCGGCGCUACGAGGGCGCCGAUGUGAAAAUUGAACAAACAACGCAAACCGAUUUCAAUCUAAUGAUAAUGGAUAUGCAUCUCGAAGGUGCGCCAACAAUAACAGGAACAGCAGCAGUGGCAGCAGCAACACCAACAACAACAACAGUGCUCAAUGCAACACCUACUCCAGUGGCCCCAACAAAACGCACAAAGAACCCGCCCAAUUGGAAUGAGGCGCAGGCUUCAAUGGGGCUGCCAGACAUGGACAUGGGCCUAGACCUCGCUAACGUUGUACAAACAUCGGCGCUGCCAAAGACGAGCAACAACAAUGCUGCGCUAUUGCAACUAAACAGCACGGCAACAGCAGCAACAACAACUGCACUAGCAACAACAACAACAACAACAGCAGCAGCAACACCUGACGAA